GUUUCUUUCUUUCUCUCUUUCUUUCUUUAUUUGAAUACCAUCGUUUUAUAUGACUUCAUCACAUCUCGACGAAAAGUUUGAUGGAACUUUUCGCCAGUUGUUUGACACUAUUGAACGAGGUACGGAACAAUGCUCAACAGAUCGUUUACAAACUAUCUUAGAAGAAAAAACAAGUCAACUUAGUCUUGGAUUAGAUUACUUCACUGAACCUUCCACUACUUCACGCAGCAAACUCAUUCCAGAUAAACCUCUCAAUCUAGACAGUAUCACUUUUACACUUAGUACCGAUGAAAAAGAUAUUGUUUGCCUCUUUAGUGAUGCCUUACAACUCAAUGAACAACAAUGCGCCAUUCUUUGGAACUCUUUUCGACAACAACACCCAUCCAUUGUAUCCAAGUUUUUCAAACAUCGUCAACAACAAAAACAAGAUUCAUUGUCAAAUGUUCAAAGCUAUGAUGAAAUGUUUCUUGUCUUUGCUCAACUUUACUUUAUUGAACGUUUGUCAUUAUUACAAUCCAUUUCUUCAUUACUUCGACUAUGUCAACAACAAGAUGAUUCUAUGCAACAACAUCCUUAUACGACAAUAGCUAUUGAUACUGUGGAAACUAUCAACAACAAAACGGGUGACGACUUGCCUGGGCGACUUUUGGUACAGUUUAGUCGUCUUGUACGUACUUCUGUUCCUACAACAUUUUCAACACCACCUUCUUUGGUUCAUGAAUAUACUCAACAACUUCUCAAGGAACAAAAAGCUUUACUGGAAAUUAUGAUGAUUUAUUAUAUCUCUCGAUCUUGUCCUGCAACCACCGUUCUCAACAUUUACAAGGAAUUUGAAGCCAAUGGAUUUGGAAUGGAACAAACGUUUGGUCAUAUGUUGAAUGCGACAGGUCGACAUUUACGUUCUGAAGUGUCAUACCUUUGUGUUCUUUUAUCUGUGGAAUUACUUCAACAAGCAACAAUGAUAGACAACGGUCUCAAAUCCUCACCUGAAAUCAUCAUCUCGCUCAACGAUGUGGUGUCAUUUUUGGGGGACAUCAAGGAACACGCUUUACCUAUAUUGGCUUGGGUGGAUUUUCUUCAAUGUAUGGAUACGAUUCUUGAAGACAAUGACAAAAAGGACUAUGGAAAGGUCAAGGCUUUAUUACGCGGAGAACAAAUUCACUCACACGAUACUGCAGCAUCAAGUCUUUUAUCUUCAAAAGAAAGACCCAAACACACUCACAGUACUAGAGUUUCAGCAACCACGACAAGAUCCAAUCGUGUACCACUGACUGAACAAGGACCAGAACUUCUUCAACGUUAUAUCUCGAGAGCAUUUGGGCAAGGUGCAUUCGACUAUAUCCAUACUAUUUUAUCAACAAGUGACUUAAUCAAGGAUGAUGAUGUCAACAAAGUGGGUUACCUCAAUAUAUUAUAUGAAUUGCUUUAUAGGUUUACCUUGGAUGUACGACUCGAAUUAUUGUCUGAACAUGCGCACAGUACUAUAAUUCAAGAUUUUUGUUUACUUCUCAAACAUGAGCCUGCGUUAUGUUGUCGAUUCUGGAAUGGUAAUCAAAUGCAAACACCAACAACAAUGGAUAUGGAUGACAACGAUGAACAUUCAACUUCUUUGGCUCAAUUAUUCUUGAAUCCUGAAAAUGGUCGGUAUCCUCGUCGCUUUACUGAUAUCAUCCAAUUGUUGACAGCUGCCUGUGGUGAUGUCUCGACAUCCAGUGAUACUUCUACUACAACAAUGAUCACUCCGGUGAAACAUGUCAAUGAUUUCUUGUUUCCUACUGGUUGGCCUGCCUUGAUCUUGAAACUCUCUCACUAUUUGCAAGCUGGUGAUGAUGCUCCAAAUGUGAAUGAUGUGAACUCCAUUUUACAAUUAUUGGAAAGAUUCCUAACUUUGGCUGGUUCUACAUUGGUGACUCGUUUGGUUGAAUUGAUAGAAGAAAACAAACCAUUUGGUGCUGCCACUGGUCGCUCUCCUUUUUUGGUUUCCAUUUUAUGUGAACUUACUACUCGCGGUUGUGCGAUACCUGGUUGCAACGUUGAAUUAUUGACCAUGUCUAUCAAGUGUCUAACAGCUCUACUUCCAUUCUACCCCACUGACCUUUGGUUGUUUAUCAGCACAUCUUGUUUGUUUCCUCGUCCUUUGGAACGGGACCCUCUUCUGGCGGUAUCUUUCAGCAAAGUGCCUACUCGUAGUUUGGGAAGUCAACAAGCAGCUCAAGUCACCCAUGUUAUUGAAUCUGUAGAAUGUGAAAUUGGCAAAUAUUCUAUUCUUUUGGCUCUUUUGGAUUUGAUUGGUGGAUUGAUUAAGGAUGUACAACGACAUUGGUGGACAAUACACGAAAAACAUACAACUGCUACGGCAACGACUACCAAUGCAACUAUGACUAUGUCAAGUAGCAAUACUGUUAAUUCAAUUGGUGUAGAUGAACAAUACAAGGCUGAAAUCUUAUCUGGUUACUUUCACUACCUUAUGGCACAUAUUUUACCAUACUAUGCUGGCUGGCGUUACAAGUCUGUAUAUGAUCGGUAUUUGAUUGGAUCCAAAAUGAUGGCUAUCUUUAUCGAAGUAGAACGUUUCUUCAAGUUUGACAGCAGCUCUACUAUUCCCACGGAUGUAAUCAGAACGAAGGAAGUAUCUACUAUGACCAAGGUACGUGAUGCUUUGUUGUAUCGUUUCUUGAAGGAUGAAUAUACAAGUCAAUUUUAUCUUUCACCCAUGUUGGAUGUGAUGGCUCAAGGGGCUUGGAUGGCCGAAGAUCUUUAUGCAGCAAGUCGUACUACUGAAGCACGUCAAGCGGAAUUAUUGACAAAACUUACUCUAUCAUUUGUCAAAUCUUUAUUACAACAACAAGAACAACUAGAUGGAAAAACAAAGGUAGACUCCACCUCGACUCACGUGGGACUAUUGGAAAAGGCCAUGUUAAAUCAUCGCACUGGAAAUAACGGCAAGAUGGACUUUUUAUACCGUUUAACUCUACUGGUCCGAUAUCGUCAACAACAUGAUGAUGAUGAUGGCAACCUGAUGGCGAUCCCUAUUUUGGCUACCAACAUUUUCUCUCUGUUAUGUCUUUGUGUUUCACGAUGGAUGGUGGUACCCAAUUUUGUUCAAUAUCUUGGUGAUACAGAUCAAGCGCAAUCGAUUAUCAAAAGUUAUUUGGCUAUUGCUAAAGAUUCUACUCAACCUGAAAAUCUACUUACAAGUAUUUGGCAGAUGAUCUCUCUUUUGGUGGAAACUCAACCUAGUUUAGCUUUAUUGUUUAUGGAAUGUGGUGAUGCAAUCAUGCCUAGUCCAAAGACUGCUGUCAAGUUACAAGAUCAACAGAAAAAAGGAAAAUCUCCAUCUGUCACAUUUGCACUUGAUUCUUCUUCUCAAAACACAACUGGAAACAAUGGUGAGACAUCAAGCAACGAAUCUGCUGUUAGGGCUGCUGUUGAACUUUUGAACUCUUGGCAAUCACUCUCUGUGGAAAAGCCUACGGUAUUAUCGAAUGUGUUGAGGUUUUUGGCAACUUUUUGGCAACUAGCAUUUGAUCAUUAUGCUAUGGUACAACGAACUCGAAGUGAUACUGGUCUUUGGCAAGCAUUGGAAGCGAUUCUUCUCAAUCCUAGCAGUUUGGUUUCAAACAAUACAAAGAAGAAUAUUGUGGAACAACAAUUACAACUUGAAAACGAAUUAUUCAACAAUGUGGAUUUGGACAAUGAUGAUACCAAGCAGGUGCUUUCCAAGGUGCAACAUGUUCUAAAAGAUAUCAAUAAAUCUAUUCAGCAGGAAUGUUGUAUGCAUUUGAAUCGAACUUUUAUCAUGCGACUUGUAUCUUUUGAAAUCCAAUUGACAGCUGGAUCACAGGCAUCUCAAGGCGUGACUAUGGCAAUAGGUGAUAUGUUACCUACUGGACUUAAGAAUCUUCUUAUCAAAUUGGGUGAACCUUCUAAACUUCAAUGGAUGCGACGUGAAUUUAUUAGAAAUCAUUUUGAACCUUCUCUCGCUACUCAAAUAGAAGACGAUGCUUGUCGUGUUUUGGAAUUCUGUCCUUGUACUUCUUCUGAAAGUGAUAUUAGUCCUCUUAUACAGAUGGUGACAAAAGUUGGUUUUGGUGAUGAUGCAAACAAUGGUCAAGGCCAAGGUCGUCAAUAUGGUACAUCUUAUCUCUAUGAUCUCCCAUUGGCUGUUUCUCGUAUUUCUUCCCUUUAUCGUCAAGCUGUACAAGUAUUCCGUGAAGAUGGAGACAAUGUUGUUGAUGGGGUAACGACAAUGGUUCUGGUAACUCCAAAGGUACAGGCUCUCCGUUUGGUCAAGCAAAUUUCAUUCCAAUUCCUCUCGUAUAUAGGCUUUGCUAAUAUGAACUGGUCCUUAGUGGAUUCUGAAAUGAUGCUAUUACAAUCCUUCAAAACCUUGAUGGAAACAAGCUCUGGGCAUGUGUCUGAAGUGAUUUGGCACUCCAAAACCAAGCCUACGUUGUAUACAUUUAUCAAUGAACUGAUUGAUCAAAUGAUUGAAGAUAACCAAGAUGCUACGACAAGACAGAAACAACAAGUACACAAUCAACAACAAAAGCAUGAGCAUGAACCUGUGGAAGCUCAAAAUAGUGUGACGUUGACCAGUCAUCAGCAAGUGGUUGGUUUGAUUCGUGCUUUGGUAGAAGAUUGGAUUAGUUCUGAAAGCGCUUUAUUAAACAAGUCAUCAUCAGCACAAACCUUGAGAACGGAAUAUGUCAAAUCGGCUGUGUCACUCGUAUUGAAACUGUGCAAGCUUUUGGAUCGUGAAAACUAUGCUCUUAAGGAUAAUAUCAACUUCUUCUCUGUGGCCUAUCGUCGUCCUCUUUUGGAAUCUAUCUUAUUAUGUAUUCGAACAGUGCACGCAUUCACUCUUCCCACUCCUAUUGAUGGUGAACUUACAGUAGCUCUUGCUCAACUUCUUCAAGUGACAUGUGCAAGUUUUGCAGGUGUGGCCAAUAAUGCAAUUACUCAACAACGACAAAAAUCAAUGACUCCUGUACCGGAUGAUGUGGCGGAAGAAUGUAUGAAGGAUGUUACAGUUGUGUUGGCUUUAUUAGGGGAACUGAUUAAAUCAAACAAGUAUGGGCGUUCUCUCCUUCCUGUUGGUGUUUGGUUGACAACAUUUGAAAACAAUGAUACUAUACCCAUGUUAUUGAAGUUGGCUUAUCAUGGUAUGGUGUUAGUAGUGGAUGAAAUGGAAAGUCAAACUAAAUUCGAUACUUCCAGUUUAUACAAUAUUAUGGUGUCUCCUUAUGCAGAAAAUGCAAUGUACUUUAUGGUUGCUUUGGCCAAUAUUCCAGAAGCAGCUUUUGCUCUCAAGAAUCAUGGUGUCAUGGAUUUACUCUGCAACAAUGCUUUAUCAAGACGACUGGAACAAGGUAGCUUAGAUAUAUUUGUACGAUUCGGAGACAAAGUAGUUAGUGGUAGGAAGAACAAUAAUAAUACACCUCAAGAUACUAUCAGUGGCGGUACAACAGCAACGGAUCUUGGUGUGGGUGGAUCUGGUUUUGUGGAACGAAAUCCUUUACAUAUUUUAUGGUGCCAAAUGCUCAAUGUGGUUAGCAAUAUCAUUCGAUUGGUCGGUAAAGAAGAUGAUGGUGUAUUACGACAUGGUGUACUCUUUAUUCAAAAAUAUAGUGGUCAAGUGGAUCGAAGUUUUGCUAUUGCUAAUGGUGCCAAUGAUUCCCUUCUUGGACUGGUACCUUCUGAAUCCAUCUCCUCGCCUUUGAUGACGGAAAUCGAAUGGUUGACAACAAUUCUUUUUGGUUUGGCCAAGCAAUUGGAUCGAGUGGCUGGUUAUGCUGUCAAUAUCUUUAUGGCUUUCAAGAACUGUGGACUUCCUUUGGUAAAACGAUACCUUUAUCAUUUUACUCAUCCCAAUCAUAUGCAAGCUCAACUUUUCCCUGUGGAUCAAGAUGAAAAGUAUCAAUCACAAACGUUUAUUGACUUAGAAAAUCAAAGAUCAGUAUCAUUCCAAUCAUCACAACAACAAACAAAUAGUGAACAACAUACAAGUCAACUGAUGUACUCCACUACACAACGAGCCAUCCGUAUUGCAAGAAAUAUCCUUGGGUCUAUUGUACUGUUAACAGAGGCAAAAUCAAUACUAAUCAAGAGUAAUAAUGAAUGGCCCUUCGGAAACACGAUUCUUUCACCUGAUACACGAACUUCAACAUCCUCCAUAUCCUUUGGCGUCAUGAAAGAAUGGAUUGUCACCUGUUUACAAUUAACCCAAAAGACGGCAUCAUGGAUCAAAAACCAACAACAACAAUUACGUGACAUAUCAUCUAUGCCAAUAUCAACAUUAUCAUCAGCAAUACCAUCAUCGUCAUCUUCAAUAACAGCAUCAUCAUCAUCAUCACCAUUACCACCUUCGACCUCUUUUUCACAACCAUCUGUCACCGAUUUGAAAGCUUUACUGAGGACAUUGGAAUUCAGCAUUGUCCUACUGACCACACAAACUGUCCUUUGGAUUGCUAAACCUGAUAUACAUCAAGAUGAAAGAAAAAUGAUUGCCAGUGACAAUCUCAAAUCUUUAGUGAAUUUAUUGGAUAAGACGAAUACCACACUGAAACAAUUGGAAGGUACCAUGACCGAAAUGAAGAAUGAAUUAGAAUUAUUGGAAACUCAAGUGAUUGAUCCAUUGAAAUAUUAUUUGAUUAUUACUUAUUUUGUGUAAACCCAAG